CGCCAGCGGUAGCAGCAGCGUAUCAGGCAGUCUGUGCGUGCGUGUGGUGCUGCGAUCCGUGCGAGUCCGACCGUCGUCCGUCGUUUUAUAUAGACACACACACACUUAUUAGUAUUACGCAAAUGUAAUAAUACCUGCGCGCGGAUUGCCAUAAUAUCGGGGGACUUGUCGCACAUAUGCGCCGAAAUAUUUUAUACACACAUACGCAAGCGAACUCGCGGACGCGCUUCUUUCUUUGUAUUGUAUACAGACAAUCGCGUUGAAUAUUAUGCGAUAAGUAUCUGCGCGAGCGCCGCUAUGAACAACUAACUCUUCUUUUUUUAUAUAAAUGGUGUAUAUACAUAUUAAUUAAAAGACUUACGGUGACCGUACGGUACGUAUGUAUAAACGAUAUAUACCGAGGUUUUAUUAUAUGGGAAUCCGAGCUUGGAACUGAAUUCGUAUAUACCUAUAGCAUUCGUAAUACCAUAACCGGUCUUGCACGAUGUUCUCUGCCUCUGCUGCGGUUGCUGCUGCCUGGCUACGUUACAAAUAGCUCCGCUUCGUAUUUUUAAAGGUGCAACCAGUGCAAAUCGCGUGUGUGUGUAUGUGUGUGCGCGCGAUCCCCGACGAGCAAGUGAUUUUUGUGAUAUGUACUUUGUUGCGUGAGAGACGGGCGGCUGCUGCUUCGGCUUCGCGAUUUCGACGACGCGUGCUCGCAUCCAGAUAAAUCUGCAUAAUAUACAUACACGCACACCAAGACGCGUAUCGCUCCGUAUACAUACACAAAGUGAAAAAAGGACAUCUCGCCGCGAACAGCUGUGAAAACAAACAAUGCAGCAGUAGCCAACAGCCGCACACAGCCGUUGUCGUAUAUAUCAUAUAUAUGCGGCCGCGUGAGAUACAGAAAAAGACGGGCGAAAUUUUUUUGCAACUUUUCGACUUCGAGGUUAUAGGCGAGAUUAUAAUAGUGUCUCCAGGCCAGUAGUUAGUGUGUGGGCGCCUCUCUCAUUGUUGGUAAGGCUCUCUUUUAUUCGCACGACUACCGACUCUGUUUAACAGUGGAAAAUUCAAUUUUUCUUAGUAAUAAGUUUUAAGUUAAAUUAUGGAUAGAAUGGCUGAGUGUAAUAUUAGUGAAGUUUUGGAAGCAAUUAAACAAGCAGACCCUGAAAACAAUAUAGUCAGUAACAACAUUGACCAAGAUUUAAAUUUAAUAUAUCCAAGUCAAAAUCAAAAUCAAAAUAUGAUGAACAAUUAUACCCCACCUGGAUAUAAUGGAAAAAUACCUACUGGUAUUGUAGAAAUAAUUGAACAACCAGCAAGUAAAGCACUCCGUUUCAGAUAUAAAUGUGAAGGUAGAUCUGCUGGCAGCAUACCAGGUGUACACAGUACUCCAGAUGUCAAAACAUUUCCUACAAUAAGAAUUGCUGGUUAUAAAGGUAAAGCGAUCUGUGUUGUAUCUUGUGUGACAAAAGAUCCACCUUACAGACCUCAUCCUCACUCUCUUGUGGGCAAAGAAAAUUGCCGGAAAGGUGUUUGCACAGUACAAUUUCCACAAGAUACUAUGACAAUUACCUUUGACAAGCUAGGGGUUCAAUGCGUAAAAAAAAAAGAAAUUGAAGAAGCCCUUAGAGUGAGAGAAGAGAUUCGUGUUGACCCUUUUAAAACUGGAUUUGACCAUAAGAAAAACCCAAGUAGUAUUGACUUAAAUGUUAUCAGAUUGUGCUUUCAAGUGUUUGUGAUGAACAAAGAGGGAAAGUUCAAUCGUGGCUUGGCACCUGUAGUUUCUGAACCAAUUUAUGAUAAAAAAGCCAACUCGGACCUUAUGAUAUGCAAAAUGUCACAUUGCUCUGCCUCUGUUCAUGGUGGAACUGAAAUGAUAAUUUUGUGUGAAAGAGUUAACAAGGAUGAUAUUCAAAUUGUUUUCUAUGAAGAAAGUAAUGGUAAAGUUAUUUGGGAAGGGUUGGGUGAUUUUACCCCACCACAAGUUCACAAACAGGUUGGAAUAUCAUUUAGAACGCCGGCGUACCAUGAUCCGAUGAUUGACCGAACAGUGCACGCUUAUGUUCAGCUUAGACGACCGUCGGAUGGAAUGACCAGCGAAAGCAUACAGUUCAAUUUUCUUCCUUCAGAUGGUCAGCACACAUUAAAAAGGAAACGAGUAAAGUCUGAAAUAAGCGCCCAAUUUUUGAACGAAUUGAGUAACCAAAUGAACGAUCCUAAUAACUCAGUAUUGCCACACCAACACAAUUUCCCUCCACAUGCUUUUGUAAAAACAGAACAAGAGUUAUUGACUUCCAAUUAUGACCCUAUACCACCAAUGCAGCCUGAAAUUCUAUUCCAAGUACCUACUUCAAAUUUACUCAGACCAAACACCAUAUCACCAAGGCGUACUCCAUCACCAAUGCCUUAUAAUGUUGUAAAUCCCCAAAAUUUAUUACUUCCAAUAGUUCAAGAAAAUUCCUUGUCUCCUAUGCCUAUGUUAGUGCAAGAUAAUUUAAAUGAACUACCAAAUCAGCCAAUCCAUGAUGUAUCAAUGAACACUGAUAAUGGAAUAUCAAAUGCUAUAGGACAUGCAAUUAAUAUUGGUAACCUUAUGGAUGAUAUGCCAGAACAAAUGAAUUACAAUAAUACUUGCAUGCCAUUGGAGGAAGUAGAUUUCGACAGUUUAAAUAUUUCAGAUAUUGUAAAACAGGCUAUUCCAAUCAAUAUUCCACCUUCUGUACCAGCUAAUGAACCACCAAAUAUGGAAGAUAGCUUGACAAGAUUGACCGAGAAAACGAUAAAUGAUCUUUGCACCUUAAACAAUAUGUAUAACCCCCGAAGAGAUGAUGAAGAUAUGUAAUUAAAAGCAUAUCUGAAUUGAAGGACGUGUUAAAGCAAGUAGGGAAUUAAAUUUCUAAGUUCACAUUCGGUUAUUUCAUAUGAAUAAUUUUUGCUGAAAGCUAAAUUAGGGCCUUUAUUUUAUUGUUUUUUACCACUUUUAAGUAGCCUUGAAAAAAAGUAAAAUUCAUGUAUCAGAAAAUAGUUACUUUAACUUUGAAUUUCUCUGAAUGAUAAUGUCUUUCAACUAAUAAUAAUUUGUAAAGGAAUAUUGAAUAUUCCACUAUAUCGUUUAAUAAUAUGCAAAAAUAAUACUGCAUAUUUAAGAUUUUUGAUAGGUGUAAAAAAUAUUUUUAUUCAUGUUGUAAUUCAAGACAAAAAUGAUACAUUAAUGAAAUUUCAUUCAAAAGUCUACAAUCUCAUCAUGAAAUGAAAUUUGAAUUUUUCAGUACUGAAUAAAAUUAAAACAUCACUUAAAGAAGUUUCAGACUUAUUGAAAUGAAUUACUGGAAAUUUCAGAACAAAAAUUUUUAUAAAUUUUACGCGCUCCUGACUAUUCUUCUAAAGAAGUGAGAACUUUAUUUUUUGAAUAAUAUGAAAGCAUUUGCUGAUAAUAAAAUAAAGAUCAAAUUAAAGUUGUAAAAAUUUUUACAUAAUUGUUCAUUUUAUGUUUGUGCCAUUACGAAGUUUUAUUUAUGUUCAAAACUUCAAAUGGAAAACAAUUAGGAUUGAAAAAGAUUCCUGUAGAAGUCUACACUUGUAUCCGCUAUAAAAUUGACAUUUUUGAAGAUAUUACACAUAUUUUCAUAAUGCUAUGAUAAUUGAUAAUUUCAUUUAAAGAGCAAAAAUAGAUAGGAACAUAGUUACGAUCUCAAAUGGUGAUAAAUUAUUUAAAUAAUUUCAAAAAGAUAAUUCUGCUAAGGACUGUGAACCAGAUGAAAUAUUAUUUUAAAAUAAUAAUUAGACAUUCAAGAAAUAAACACAUAUUUGUUAAACUAAUUAUGUCAUGAAAUAAAUUUAAGAAUUGCAUCUUUCAACUUUUUUAUAUGCAUUUAAACUAUUUCAAUAUAUGUGAGAAAUUUUUACAAAAAGUAUACAAUUAAAUUUAUUAUCGCCUUUGAUUUUGAAAUACUGAGAUACAGGAUCAAGUGAAUAAUUUGCAAUUUUUGUAUGUUUGAAAGUAUAUUAUAUGCAUAAGUUAAAGAUAAUAAAUAGGAAUAUUUUUAAAGUCUUUUUAUGACCGUGGUAUGUACGACAUUGUGACCUUUAUAAAAUGUUGGAUUUCAUAAAUCCCACUCGUUUACUCUUCAGUCAAUAAACCAAUGUAAUAGUUGCAAUAUGAGAAUAUUUUUAUGAAAAUAAUAUUAAUCAAUCUGUACAUUCUAAUGAAAAAUCUGAUUGUGAUAAAAUUUUUACGAAAUGUUCUACUUUAUGAUAUUAUCAUAAUUGUUUUUGUCUUAAAUGUAUAAUUAAUUGUACAUAACUUUUAUACUCGAAACACAUGUUGUAUUUUAAAGAAAAAAUACUGUAGUAAUAUAAUUGUUAAUUUUUAUUAUAAAUAAAGUAUAUUAGGUUACGUGAAA